AUAUCCAUCUACAACGUAGAUAGUAUCUACAACAUACGUUGUAGAUGGAUAUACAGCUGUAUGGUGGUCAAAGAUCAACAGAGAUUCAUAACCUAAAAAUUUUGUAUUUUCUUCCGUAAUUUUUAAUAAUGUUUAAAAGUCGAGAAAUUUUAUCAGUCAUAAAAAUCAAUAAAGUUUAUUCCUCGACAAAUUCAUUUCCCUUAGAAUCAACAGUGAUAAAAAAAAAUUAGUCCAAACUGUUUUCUCAAAGGAAAACCUAUUUUACAAGAGCUAUAUAUAUAUUCAAUUUUUAACUGGCUCGAUCCAUUAGCUUUUAUUAGUUCAAUGAAACUUUUCUACAUACGAUCAAGAUUUACAUACUAUCUACUUUUAUUGAAGAUUUUGUAGUUUUUUAUUAUACAAUAAUUGAAAACUUUAUCAAAGACGCCAAUUUUGUGAUUCUUAUCCUAUAUUCAACUUGAUUUCUUCUAUUCAAAUAAAUAAUUAUUCUCAACAACUUGAAAUAUGAAUUUGGGUAGACCAGAGUCUUUCAUAGAAACUACAAAACUAGUGAUUGUUGGUGCUGGUAUUGCUGGAUUAGGAGCUGCGCUUACAUUAGAAAAAUGUAAUUUUAAAGAUUAUAUUUUAAUAGAAGCUCAAUCUGAAAUAGGAGGAAGGAUCUGCUCUAUUCCUUGGAACGAUGGUUGGAUAGAGCAUGGUGCUCAAUUCCUUCAUGGCCGUGGAAGUACAUUAGGAAAAUUUGCAGAGGAAAAAGGUUUCCUUUCUGAUGAUGAGGUUGCAGAAGGUGAAGGACUUUAUCUGAGAGAAGAUGGUACUGAAAUGGAUCAUGAAUUAGUAAGAGAAGUAGAUGAUAUUGUUAAAAAUAUAAUGGAAGACUGUGAAAAAUAUGCGACAAACAAUGAAAUAGAGUAUUUAGACGUUGAAGAAAAUAUAGGAAAAGUUUUAAAAACUCGUUUUUGUAAGUAUCUUACAAUGACGAAUGACCCACUUAGUAUAAGAAAUGCUAAGGAAGAAUUAUUUGACUGGAAUGUGAGAUUUCUUGCUAUUGAUAAUGCAUGUAACUCACUAAAUGAACUUUCAGUAAAAAGUUGGGGAAAAUUUAAGGCUGUUAGCGGUCCAGAACACAACAUUUUCAAAUCACGUUAUGGUUCCAUGGUAGAGUCGAUUGCCGGAGAAUUGAUUCAAGAGAAUAUAAGAUUGAAUAGUCCAGUCAAAAAAAUUGAAUGGAAUGAACAAGUCAAUUCUCAUGAUUCAAAGACAAUCCUAGUUACAUUACAGAAUAACAAGCAAAUACUUGCUAAUUGCAUUAUAGUUACUUGCUCUCUAGGUGUCUUGAAGGAAACUCAUAACAAAUUAUUUAGUCCUAUAUUGCCAGUACGCUUAAGGGGAGCUAUUGAAAGUAUGGGUUUUGGUAUGAUAAAUAAAGUCUUCCUUGAUUUUGAUGAACCAUGGUGGGAACCUGGAACUAAAGGAUUUCAAUUUUUGUGGAGAACUGAAACCGACAAUUGUACCAAUAAUCAAGACAAAAAUAAAUUGCCUCUUUGGACGCGCGAUUUAACUGGUUUCGAUGUUUUACCAGGUCAUCGAUCUGUAUUAUUAGGUUGGAUCGGAAGAAAAGGGGCACGCAUCAUUGAAUCUCUAAGUGAACAGCAGAUUAUACGCGAUUGUUCUGAUCUAUUUAAAUACUUUUUAAAAAGAAACGAAGUACCUGAAGCUAGAAAAUGUUUAAGAAGUCGUUGGUCGAGCAAUGAAUUCAUAAGAGGAGGUUACAGUCAUAUAACAAAAAAAUGCGAUGUCAUAGGAGUUUCCCCAGCUACACUAGCUGAACCAAUAUGGGGAAUGGUUUCUUCUCAUCAAAAGGACGAGCGUCUUCCAAUUUUGAUGCUGGCAGGAGAAGCUACGCAUGAGAAUUACUACUCCACAACUCAUGGAGCUUACGACACUGGUGUGAAGCAAGCUCAAACAUUUCUACAGUAUCAUGUUACUAAGUAACAGUGCAAUAUUUGAUGGCUCACAUUGAACUGUCAAAUUUAUUUAUUUUAUUGUGAAAUAAUUAAACCAUGUUAUUUUUAUAGAUACAAUACACAGGUGUUCCUGUCAGUUGUCAAUUUAGAGUAUUAAAUACUUGUUUUCAACCGUAAACUUUUGAAAUAUACCUGCGUCUACUGAAAAAUGCGAGAAAAUCUUAUGUAUAAUAGUUAGUAUAAUAAAAUGAUUUAAAAUCUUUCAGUAACGUUA